UUCAAGCUCAAGAUCAUUCCUCUCUUUCCUAGAUUUCACACAGCAUUUCUUAUUAUUGUCAGUGUUUUGUACGCUGAAUAAAACCGGUGAAGCAGAUAAAUGCUGAUAAAACAAACGUAAACAAACCCAUCACCACCAUCAUCAUCAUCAUCAGGCGUGGGUGCUGCGGGCGGCCUCCUCCGUGCUGUGCCUGUAUAUCACUGACGCUAAAGAAAAGGUGUCGUAAUCUAGAGCAAUAUAACCCCAGUCUUAAGCAACAAACAAGUGCAUCGAGGGUUGUUUAUUGAGGCUAACAUUUACAUUUAUUCGUCAUCUUUUACCCAACCUGACUUGACCUAACGUGUCCAUAUCGAAUCUGACCUGACCUAGCCUGCAUCCUGCUUCUAAGACGUGAUGAACAGAAGUAUACCCUCAACUUAACAAGCUCGCCGGCGUCACUAAUUUUCCCAGUGUGGCAAUCUGUGGGCCGCGGUCUGCCUCCCCUCCAAAGCAGAUGGAACAGGAUCCGCGCCGUCGCAGAAUCUACUCGCCAAAUCUAAGCACUCGCGGACUCAUGUUGAAGUGUAGCGGGAUGCAGGCGCUGCAAAACCUGGAGAGAGUUCGCACCGGCCAGCUCUCCAGUCUCAAGUACAAGUCAUUAGUCCAGAGCUGCCUUCUUACCAGCCAUGGCGAAUCAGAAAUGGCGAUGAACUGGAUGGAGGAGGUCAGUCUUUAGUGUUACUGUGCUGGGCGGGGCAGAGACUGGGGAGGGGUGAGACGGGCAGGACUGACUUCAUACAUGCAUUGGCCUAUAGUAAGAGCAAAGUAUGAACCCAGUAGCGCACCAUCAAGUUUCAAUAAGUUUUCUCUUCCGUGCUCAUUUGUAAAAUCUGGCCUCUCGACAGCUUGAGUCAGUUUUUUAUUGCGCCGAAAUAUUUUGUUUCAGCUGUUUUCUCCCUCAAUCCUGCAUUUAUUAUUAUGGCUCGAGUCACUUUUUUAGCGUGCCAAACCUGCAUUUAUAAUUUUACAUAUAUAGUAUAUCAAUGACUUUGUUAUUUGUUGUAGUGUUUUUAUGAAUCAAUAAAAAAAAAUAAUAAUUCCUAGGACCAUUUAUGGACAUGGAAUAAAGUGUGCAUGAACAAUUUUUCACUUAGCUUAUGAUCCCACCUCCAUAACUAAAAAUUUUGUGAGCCAACUUUUCAAGGUAGAUGCAUUUUUAACCCUUUCAUUGCUAAACACUCGCAGCGAGUGUUAGGUGUACGUAUUUGCUGGUAGUGCUAAACGCUCACUGCGAGCUCCACCCGCACUCAAAUCUCCCGCAAAUAAGUGUGUUCCAACACUAAUUCUCACAACACAGGAUUGCCAAUUGAGUGGGUUCUUCACUAAAUUUGGUGGAAAAUCAUAUCAACCCAGCGUGGCAAAUCUACAGACAAGUAACUGGUGGAUGUUCUUGCCCAAUAUAGCGGCAUUUUUGCAUAGCUUCACCUGUCACCUGACUGAUUCUUUGACCAAAUAGUUGUAAAUAUUGCAGUUGGCAAUACUCCCUUGCCAGAAUCUCAAGGAGAGAUGUCCGCAGUUCCCUCAAUAUGGCUGAUCAUCCUGCACGCACUGACCCUCCCGCCUCCCAUGUGACCUACGCUGACCUGGAGCCCGUGGACCACAAGUAUCUGCUGUGUGGGCUUGCCGACGGAGGCGUGACCAUCUACGACACAACUCUUCUGAGGGUGGACGACUACUUCUUCAGGGAGGUGGGCUCCAUCAAGGGGGGACAGCGCGGCACACACAAAUACCCGGUUGACUGUGUUCAGUGGUACCCAGCUGAUGCAGGACUCUUCAGCACCUCCAGCAGGGAUAAGAAGGUCAAGAUAUGGGACCCUAACCGCAUGAAGUUGGUGGACCAGUUCAGCAUCGACUGCCACGUUCACCACCACCAGAUGUCCCCCGUGGCCACCAAGCAUUCCCUGUUGGCCGUGGCAGGAGACAGCGGCGAGGUGAUCUUGUGUGACCUGCGCACCGGGACGUCCACUCACCGCCUGCAGGGCCACGAGGGUGCUGUAAAAGCCACUCACUGGUCUCCACGCAUCCAACACCUCUUGCUCUCCAGCGGCCAGGACCAUACAGUGAGGAUGUGGGACGUGCGAGCCAGCCGGGCCUUCCUCAUGGCCCUGGACCCUGAUACUCAUGCUAGUGAAGGCCACAGGAAGGUCAGCAAGAGGAUGAAGAAGGUUCCUCAAGCACACAAGAGCCAGGUGGUGUCCCUCUCCUUCACCCACGACGGACUCUGGAUCCUGACCUUUGAUUGUACGGGAAAACUCAAGCUGUGGGACUCCUCAACAGGGAAGAAGAAGGACGUCAACUAUGGCGGCUUCCCCCAUCAGUGCAAGAGGAGUGUGAGGAUGGCUGUCACGCCUUCCAUGUAUCCAGACUUGGUGUUCCUACCUUCCAAGGAUCAAGUGUGUGUGCUGGAGAUCUUCACAGGACACGUGGUUAAUGUUUUGGAGAGACACUUCGCGCCGCUGUACGGGGUCAUCUACAACCCUAGCACCAUGCAUCUUUACACGUUUAGCAGUGACCACAACUUUAUAACCUGGAUCCCAAAGCGGUUUGGGCCAAAACAUUGGGAGGAGAGCUACACAGAUGAACCGGGGCCUAACAAGAGGAAAAGAGUGACGCAGGAUAACUGGAGUAGCGAUGAGAAUUAGGUCUGUGAUAGUCCAUAUUUUUAAACGUUUCGGUGCCUCAGUUCGCCUGUUUGAAAAGCCUCUCGUAGAAGUUGCUGGGAUUUCCUGGGACUGUUUUGAGAACCUAUAGUUUCACCCGACUUCUGCACUUCGGACGGGAAAGUCACCCAUGAAAACCCGGUUAAUCUUUUCUGUGGCCUUGGCGGACAGUCGUAGUGAGAGCCCAGUACGCUUAAGAAUAUGGACCAUUGGCGUAAGAAUGAUGGUGUGGUUGUGGCUCUUCAUUUAUCAUCAAUCAUCAAAGUCCAGAUUCAUGGUAGCAUCCCACCUCACCUCCAUGCUCACAUUCCUGCUCCUCUCAUUUCCCUCCAGCCAGCCAGGGGGGGAGGAGGAGAAGGAGGUGGAGAGGAAGGAAGAAGAGGAGAAAGAGGGGAAGGAAGAGAAAUGGGAAUGAGAGGAAGAAGAGGAGUUGGUACAAAGGAAGGAAGAGGGAGAGAUGGGAAAGGAAGGAAGAAGAGGAGAAAGAGGGGAAGGAAGAGAAAUGGGAAUGAGAGGAAGGAGUUGGUACAAAGGAAGGAAGAGGGAGGGGAGGGGAAGGAAGAGAGAUGGGAAAGGAAGGAAGAGGAGAAAGAAGAGGAAGAGAGAAAGUAAAGGAGGAGGAGAAAGGGGGGAAAGGAGAAGAAGGAAGAUAUGAAUGUCUUCCCUUCACUACAUCUAUGCUCUUCCCUCCAUUUACAUAACUUUCUUUUUUAUACGUAGAUUAUUCAUCCUGGAGGUGCUGCAGUCAUUACUUCAAGCCUCCGUACACUCAACAAUCACCUUUUGCCAACAUUCACUGUCAGGUUCAUUCUCACACACGUUUCCUUGUUAUAUCCAGACCCAGUAUUCUCUUGC